AUAGCCCAAAAACACCAAAGCCCGCUCUCAAAUUUCCCAUAAAAAAUUUUGAACCCCCGCCCCUUUUCUCAACCCCGCUCUUACUUACCAAAUCUCUGUCUGUGUCUUUAUCUCUCUCACUCACUCUCUUAAAACACCUUACUUUUUGAAUCAUUUCACUUCCUUUCUUCUUCCCUGUACGAUCUCUAGGGUUUUCUUUCUUCUUAAUUACUUGAAACCCUAAGGUUUGGGUCUUGCUUGAUUUUCAAUUUUUCCAUGGCCAGCGAAACCCUAGAAGAGAAGAAUCAAGAAGAGGAGGCAGAGGCUCCUCCCGAAGUGGAAAGCAAAGACAAAGAGGACGGUCAAAAGGAAGUAGACGAGAAGAAAGAAGAAGAAAUUCACGAACUUUCUGAGAAAAAUGGGGCUCCUAAAGAAAGUGACAAGCCUGAAGAGAAAAAGGAGGAGCCUAAAGACAAGGAGGAUGGACCCAAGAAGGGCAAGAGGUCAAGAAAGUCUAGUGUGAAGAAGCCGAGCGAGGAAUCGUCCCAGUCCAAGAAACCGAGUCAAGAAUUGGAAGAAUCUAAGAAAGUUAAGGAACCAGAACCGGUGACUCCAGGUAGCGAGAGACCCACCAGGGAGAGGAAGGUCGUGGAGAGGUACUCUGCGCCGUCUUCUGGAAGGUCGGUAACCAAGCCGGUGUCCAUUGAGAAGGGUCGUGGCACACAGCUUAAGGAUAUUCCAAACGUGGCAUUCAAGUUGUCCAGGAGAAAACCAGAUGACAAUCUACAGAUGCUUCACACAGUACUCUUUGGGAAGAAAGCAAAGGCACACGCUCUAAAGAAGAAUAUAGGCCAGUUUUCAGGUUAUGUCUGGGCUGAGAAUGAGGAAAAACAAAAGGCAAAAGUGAAGGAGAAGCUUGACAAAUGUGUUAAAGAAAAACUUGUGGACUUUUGUGAUGUGCUCAAUAUUCCUAUAAAUAAGGCUAUUGUGAAAAAGGAAGAACUCUCUGUGAAGUUAUUGGAAUUCUUGGAAUGUCCACAUGCUACGACUGAUGUCUUGCUUUCUGAGAAGGAACAGAAAGGUAAAAAGCGAAAGAAAGUCACACCAAGCAAAAAUGUUAGUCAUUCUGAAGCAUCUGAUACAUCAGCCAAGAAACGGAAGCAAACAUUGCAACUGGGGGAAAAACGUAAGCUGUCGUCUAGGGCUGAGGAAGAAGAUGAAGAUGAUGAUAAAGUUGAAUCACCAGACAUUAAAGAUGAUUCUGAGGAAGACAAUGACAAUGAUACAGCACCAAAAGAAGAAAGUGAUCACAAGGAGAGUGAAUCUGAGGAAGAGGGUGAACCAAAGGGAAAGAAGCCAAGCCAGAAGAGUUCAUCAAAGAAGACUGUUAAGGAUAGUUCUGGCUCUAAAAGCAAGGAUAAAUCCACACCUGCUAAGAAGGGUAGCUCUACAAAAUCUGUGAAAAGUCCCAUGAAAUCCACAAAAAAAUCUUCUCAUUCAACUUCAAAGCAAGGUGCUACAGAUUCUGACGAAAUUUCUAGAGCAAAGGGAUCUGCAUCAAAAAAGCAGAAAGUGGAAAAAGAAAAGGAUAUAAGUGUUGCUGGCAAGGAAAAGGUUAAAGGAAAGAAGCAGUCAAGCAAGUCACCAGCAAAGGUCGCUGCCAAGGAUCAAGGUAAAGGAAAAACUAGCAAGAAGGCUAAAGCAGAACCCAUGAGAGAAGAGAUGCAUGCUGUAGUUGUGGAUAUUCUGAAGCAAGUUGACUUCAAUACUGCAACAUUAUCUGAUAUUCUCCGCCAUCUUGGUACCCACUUUGGUUUAGAUCUUAUGCAUAGGAAAGCAGAGGUGAAGGAUAUUAUAACCGAUGUCAUAAAUAACAUGACUGAUGAGGAAGAUGAAGGGGAGGAAGAUGAGGAGAAUGCAGCUGGUGGUGGUGAGGCUGACAAAGAUGAAGAUGGGGAUGGGGAUGAUGAUGCUUAAUGAAUUGUGAUUGUUGUUGAACAUGUCAGCCAAGUGUACUCACAAUAGUCUCCAAGUAGAGGUUUCAUCAACAGUUCCUGUGAAUGAUAAACUGGUGUUGCUGUCUGGAUGUCAUGGCCAUUUCCAGAUGAACCAUUCAACUACCUUUGUUUGUACCAUAAGCAUUAGUAACUCUUAAUUACUGCUGACCUGGCCCUUAUUUAUUAGGAUUUUUUUUCCAGCUUCCUUUUUAGCAUGUUUUUUAUUAGAUUAUCUUUCAAUUGUAUUUGAUAGCUAGUUUUACUUAAUGAGUAGUGAAUUGGUUUUCUUCAUUUUAAUUGAAGUGCAACUUUGUAAUGUGGAUUAGCCAGACGUUACUUCGCUAAUGCUGCUGGUUUCCCUACACUGCAGGUUUCCAGCAUUUAUUCAAGUAUAUUUGAAAGUUUAGCGAUGCUAAAUUGGUCAUCAGUACAGUGAAGUAAAUUUACUAGUACUAAUAAAUUUGAUGUUUGGUCAUUGGUGAGUUUUAAGUUGUGAGAUAUCACAAGAACC